ACCUUUUAAAAAAAUUUUAAAAAAGAUUUUGAUGGAAAACGAUCUGGAUGUGGCUUGGAAAUUGGCAUUUUUAACACGAUUUCUACAUUGGUGCAUCGGACAAGACAAGAGUCAAAGUAUACAAGUUUGCAAGGUGUGGGAGCUAGACAUGGGAUAUAAGCUGGCAUUAUAAUAUACGGUCUGACCCUCAGAAAUAUACCGGAACGUAACAUCUCAUUUUAAAAAUAUACCGUUAAUAUACCAUAGAAAAAAGGGAACUUAGCUCCUUCCGUGGAAAAUACUGCUGUAUCCUUCCUCUUUUUUAAAAACAAAAUUUCCACGAGAUCUUUUACCUGAACUGCUAAAAAAUUCUUCUAUUACUUCAACUUCGUGUUACAUCCUUAUGAACUCGAAGGUCUGUAACUGGAAUUUUCUAUAAUAUAUAUUUCUCACCACUGCCCCGACCGUACGGAGAAGUCUCCUCGUCAGCGACGGGCGUCCUUGCUCUCGCGUAGCGACGAGGAGGAUUGGUGCGAUGGCUCCCAGUUCCUCCAGCCCGCUGGCCUCGCCGUUGGUGUCACCGGCACCAUCGGGACACGACUCGGUGUUGCCGACGGUGUCAUCGAAGGAAAGCGCCGAGGAUAGCGACGACGAGGUUCAAUGUACCGACGGCCCGCGCGCAGCAACCGCUGAAGAAAUAGCGGGAAUAAGGAAUAAAAAGCCGCUGACCCUGCGUGACAGAGUCGAGGCGGCGAAGCGGAAGUUCCAAGAGGCGACGCCGGAUGAAAAGCGCCGGAUCUACCGGGUGCUGGGGGCGGCGCGGGCGAUCAGGCGUCGGAGGGAUGAGCGGUUGGAGGCGCGGCGGCGACAGGCGGAAAGAGCCGCCAGUACGAAGGAGCCCGGCGAAGAGAGCGACGAGGCGCCGCCACCCCCACCAUUCCGGGUGGUGCUGCCGCCGAUGCAGCGCCGGACUGACGAGGCGGAGACCAAGGGGGUGCAGUCCCAGGAAGUAUUUGCAGGAGUCACAGGCCGAAGAAGAAGUGCACCGGAGCAGCAGCAGCAGCAGCACCAGCACCAGCAGCAGGGGCAGUGGCAACAGCAUCAGCAGCAGGGGCAGUGGCAGCAGCAACAACAGUGGAGGGGACCCGAGGCGGCAGUGAUGGGCCCUUAUGUGUCGCAGGAGGUGCGGACCGCCGUGCGCCAGGGGAUGGUGUGGCACCACCAGACCCUGCACAUCACGUGGGCCUCGGGACCCGCCCCGUGCGAAGCCCAGCCAGAGGCAGGCGCCCGGGUGUGGGAGGAGACUCCACGCGGCAGCAACAGCAGGGACCCCGGAAUAAAGCGAAAUUAGAUUAAAGAA